AUGUAUGCUAUCAUUUACGUGAGUAGAGACUUUGAAAAGAAAAAAAGAAAACAAAUACUAUUGCUUAUCAUCACAAGUAUACAUUUUGCAUAGAAAUUCGGUGGCAGGCUGGACAUCUAAAACAAAUACAAAAAACUUUAUUUUGUUGUUGUGUUUCGGAUAAAGUGUUCAUUUACAGAUCAACAUGGCAAAUGAAUAUCUCAUCUCAAAGUGGAAAAUGUGGUUUUCCUGGUUUGACCACAACACAGAUGGGAAAGUAUGUGCUGAAGAUUUAGAGACAGCCAGAGAAAAGUAUGCAAAUCUCCACCAUUAUGAUGCAGAUAGGAAAAAGGCUGCUAUGGAUGCAUACUCUGCAUGGUGGAGCGAGUAUCUAAUGUUCGGAAAGUCUGAAAUCACUGAGGCUGAAUUUAUUGAGUGCCAGAAAAAGGCAUUUGAGGCCGAUAGAACGCAGUUUGCUAAGCGGAUAGAAGAAGGCCAGGAAGCUGUAUGUAGUUUAAUGGACUUAGAUGGCGAUGGGAUGUGUACAGAGGAAGAUUGUAUGAUCAUGUUAAAGUCGGCUGAACAUAAUAACGAUGCUGUAAACCGAAGAUGGUUUGAUGCCCAUUCCGUUGAUGGCAAAGUUCCGGUCAAAACAUCCGUUGACAUGUGGACACAUUUCCUUACGUGCGAUGACGAGUCUAAACCAGAUAUGGUUGUGCAACUGUUUAAAUCUGGCUUUUGAUCUGUUUCAGAGCCCCUAUUGUAAAUGUACAUUGUUUCUGUUACUAUAAACAAGUGUAUUUUUUAAUUUGUUUACUUGAUCAUAAAGUUAUGAAGAGAUUGCAUUUGGAAUCUGCAUAUUAUAUAACUAUAAAUCUAA